GCCUAGAAAACAAUGGAGUUCCUUUCUUUUCUGGCUACCUUUGUUGUUUUGAGACUUUCUCUUUCUACAACAACUUUUGCUGUGGUUGAUACCAUUAGACCUUCAGAAUUUUUGAGAGAGAACACAACUUUGGUAUCCAGUGUAGGAAGGUUUGAACUGGGAUUCUUUAGUCCAGGCAAUUCAAAGAAUCGUUACCUGGGAAUUUGGUAUAAGAACAUCUCAGCUCAAACUGUUGUUUGGGUUGCAAACCGGUGUGAACCGAUCAACGAUUCAUCUGGCUCAUUGACCAUAGACGACACAGGAAAUCUUGUGCUUUAUGGACAGAAUAAGAGGGUCGUUUGGUCUACGAACUCAUCGAAACAAGCCCGGCAACCACUGGUUCAGCUCUUGGACGAUGGUGACUUGGUUUUGAGAGAUGAGAAAGAUGAGAACACAGAAAACUAUUUGUGGGAAAGCUUUGAUUAUCCUACCGAUACGAUGAUACCCGGAAUGAAAUUGGGAUGGAGCUUGAGAAGAGGUCUCACGUGGAGCUUAUCGGCAUGGAAGAGUGUUGAUGACCCCUGUGAUGGAGACUUAACUUAUGGGAUUGAGCUUGUUGAACCACACCAUGCAUAUCCUGAACUAAUUAUCCGUAAUGGGUCUGCAAAAUUGUAUCGUGAAAGCCUUGGUGAUGGCAUAAGUUUCAGCAGAACUUAUAAUAAUAAUAAUGAUGAAUUUUCGUACAGACACAUAUAUGAUGAAGAAGUUUACUACAUGUACAACGUCAUAGAUAAGUCAAUCAUCUCAAGAAUUACCUUAGGCGAAAGAAUUGAACACAGGGAAUGGAUGGAAGAAGACAAAUAUUGGAGAUCUUAUUACUCAAUUCCAAGUGACCGGUGUGACUACUAUGGUGUCUGUGGAGCUAAUUCGGAGUGUGUCAAAACGAAGGAUAAAAUUUGCCAAUGUUUAGAAGGUUUUAAGCCAAAGAACCAAGACAACUGGAACAAGAUGUACUGGUCAGAAGGGUGUGUGAAAAACAGUUCUAUGAGCUGCGAUGAUGAUAAAGAGAACGAUGAGUUCCUUGACUUUUCUCUCUUGAAAUUGCCCGAUGCUCAAUAUACUUGGGUGAAUGAGAGUAUGAAUCUAAAUGACUGCAAGGCUAAAUGCUCGAGCAAUUGCUCUUGCAUGGCUUAUUCAAUCAAUUGCGUCCUCUGGUUCGGAGAUCUGUUUGAUAUUCAACAAGUUCCUUCUCACGGACAAUAUGUAUUUAUUCGAAUACCGUUUUCAAAAAUAGCUACAAACAAUGGGAAAGCAAGAACUGGUCUUAAGGUUGAGGCAAAGAGAGCAGUGAUAAUUAUAGCCAUCAUCGUCGGAUUAGCUGGUGGCUCUAUUUUAAUUGGCAUUUACAUUCGUAGGGGGGCAUACUUUUAUGAAAGCCAAGAUGAUGACUUGGAUGUUCCAUUGUUCGACCUACAUACAAUAAAUACUGCCACUAAUAAUUUUUCAGAGAAUAAUAAGCUUGGAGAGGGUGGUUUUGGACCUGUAUACAAAGGUAUACUUGAAGGAGGGCAAGAAAUUGCUGUGAAGAGGCUAUCAAUUUGUUCUGGACAAGGAGUCAAUGAGUUUAAAAAUGAAAUUAAACUAAUUGCUAAACUUCAACAUCGGAAUCUUGUAAAGAUAUUUGGUUAUUGCAUUCGUAGAGAAACAAAACUAUUGAUUUAUGAGUACAUGUCCAACAAAAGUCUUGACUAUUUCAUUUUUGAUGAAAGGCAAAGCAAACGGUUAGAUUGGCCUAAGCGCUUCCAAAUUAUAUGCGGAAUUGCUAAGGGGCUUCUCUAUCUACAUCAUGAUUCUAGAUUGAGAAUUGUACAUCGAGAUCUCAAAGCUAGUAAUGUGUUACUUGAUGAAUAUAUGAAUCCAAAAAUUUCAGACUUUGGCUUGGCCAGAACUUUUGGUGGAGACCAAACAGAUGGAAACACAAAUAAAAUUGUUGGAACUUAUGGUUAUAUGGCGCCAGAAUAUGCUUCCAAUGGUAUGUUCUCAACAAAAUCUGACGUAUUUAGUUUUGGCACAUUGAUGCUAGAAAUCAUAAGUGGAAAGAAAAGUAGAGGCCUUUACAAUGAAGAUAGUAUUCUUAACCUCACUGGAUUGGCAUGGACUUUGAUGAAAGAAGGCAAUGCAUUUAAGUUUAUUGACCACGGCUUGUUGAGAGAUCCAUACGACAACAUGGAAGAAGCAUUGCGUUGCAUCCACAUUGGUCUUUUGUGUGUGCAACAAAAUCCUAUUGAUAGGCCUAAUAUGUCUUCUGUUAUUCUAAUGUUGAGUGAUAAGAACAUGUUGCCUCAGGCCAAACCACCAGCCUAUUUCACUAACACAGAUUUGUAUGGUGGAGAUCAUUCUUCCUUUGCAAAUCCCCCAUCAUGCAAUUUAAGCAUAACAACUAUUGAGGCACGAUGAGAAUUCAUAUUCUCAUCCAACAAAUUGGAGUUUCAACUUGACUUAAAAUUUGAAACAGUACAAUUUUUGUUUAUUUAGUUCAAAAUUGCAAUGAUGAUUGGAAUUAGUCUAUGCUAGAAAGUCAGACCUAAAUGAAAGGUUCUUGAAACCUUAGAAUGUGCUUAUCAUGAUAAUAAAAGUGAUUCUUGGACA